UUUGUCUCCUUAUUUGUUGAUUUAUGGCGAAAAUGAUUUUCAUGGCAUUGAUUAGUAUAGAAAAAUAUAUCAUUACACUGAAUAUGAAACCAAUUCGAACAGAAAUUGAAGAGACUGAAAAUUAGCAGCCAAACAGAAAAGAUCCGAAUCGCAAUCUACACUAUCUGAAAGGUAUUUGCAGAAAAUUUCAUUCAAAAAAGAUUCGUUUUCUGGAAGUUAUGAGGAAAGUUUGGUGGGGAGGGAAACAUUUGAGUAGAUAUGCCAGGUUUUCUCUGUGUUAGAAGUGUAAUUUUAGAAAAGAGAAACCGACAUUCCCAAUAGAGCUGAAAAGCUAUAGCAGCUGGUCACAAGAUGUUGACGACUAGUGUGAGCUAGUAACUUUCCACAAUACGCAUGUUCAACCGGAAGCUGAAUUCGGUCUUCUCCCAGAAAGUCUAAUAUCAAGCUAAUAGUUUGAUGUAUAAACUGUAGAAGAAGCUUCCAUAUUUAUGUUCCGGGUUAUAUUCAUCAACAAUAUCUAUCUAUAUACGCGCAGUGGAAGAAAUUUUCUCUUCGGCAACACGACUAGCCUGACUUUCUAAUAGCAGUGAUUCAUAUUAGAUAUAACAGUAUCUGCGUAAAAGAAUUUCUUUUUAAUUUAGAUUCAUCAUAAUUUAUCAUCUAAAGACUGGGAUUAUUGAAUUCUAAUUUUUUUCUACUUCACUUUCUGUAAUAUUUUCAGGAAUAAUUUGAAUUCUUUAUUACACUUGGACACCUUUUCCAAUGAGUUUCUACGAUCUUCAGAAAUCAACAGAGAUUGAAGGAAAUCUCUUUCAGGAAUUAGUGAGAAACUAAAAAUUAUGGAAAAUACAUUAUGUGAAAAUCCAUUUACACUUCAGGCAGAGUCUGAAAAUAUGAAUUUUGCAAAUGAAAUGCCAAAAGAGACAGGAAAAAAGUCAAAUGAGUGUGAUAUCUGUGGUAAAUCAUUUGCACGCAGAAACUAUUUAACUGCUCACAAACGUAUUCAUACAGGGGAGAAGCCACAUCAGUGUAAUAUAUGUGGUAGAGCUUUUAUUUCAACUGGUCACUUAACUACUCAUAUACGUACACAUACAGGAGAGAGGCCUUAUCACUGUGAUAUCUGUGGUAAAUCAUAUGCUCGUAGUAAUCAGUUAACUGUACAUAAAUACAUUCAUACAGGAGGUCAGCCAUGCCAUUGUGAUAUCUGUGGUAAAUCUAUGCCUUCAAAGAGUAAAUUAACAGUACACAAACGCUUUCAUACUGGAGAGAAACCAUUUCACUGUGAUAUUUGUGGUAAAUCUUUCUCUAUUAGUAGUCACUUAACUACACACAAAUAUAUGCAUACAGGAGAGAAGCCAUAUCACUGUGAUAUCUGUGGUAAAUCAUUCUCUGUAGGAAGUAACCUAAAUACUCACAAACGACUUCAUACAGGAGAAAAGCCAUACCACUGUGAUAUCUGUGGGAAAACAUUAUCCGAUCAAGGUAACUUAAAUAGUCACAAACGUACUCAUACAGGUGAGAAAAGAUACCUUUGUGAUAUUUGUGGUAAAUCGUUCUCUGAUAGUAGGUCUUUAACUGCACACAAACGCAGUCACACUGGAGAAAAGCCAUAUCACUGUGAAAUCUGUGGUAAAUCAUUUGCAACCACACGUACAGUAACUGUUCAUGAACAUAUUCAUACAAGAGACAAGUCAUAUUCGUGCAAUAUCUGUGGUAAGUCAUUUCCUCGUAGUGAAUCAUUAUUUAUUCACAAGCGUAUACAUACAGGUGAGAAGCCAUAUCGCUGUGAUAUCUGUGGUAAAUCAUUCACAAUAUCAACCACAAUAUCAACUACUUUGACUACACACAAAUGUAGACAUACAGGGGAGAAACCAUAUCACUGUGAUAUCUGUGGUAAAGCAUUUUCUCAAAAACGUCACUUCACUGCCCAUACAUCUACUCAUACAGGAAAAUAACUGUGUCAAUAUAUGUUGUGCUGUAAAAAAAUACCUAACCAUAAAUGUAUUCACAGAGGGAGUUAGACAGAGCUAUCUUUCUAGAGUAAAUAGUUCACGUAACUACAUUUAAUAUCUACUUGCCUGUAUGAUUAUAAUAAAAGUAUUGUUUCAGAAAAUAGUCAUAUGUAUAUUGUAGCUAACAUAUAUGUGCCGAGAGAUGACGAGAUACAAUAAAUUUACUGGAUAUUGUGUAAAUAACUGAGAAAUGAGUUCUUAUAAAUCACAAAUGACAUCACUGUACUGUUUAAUUAGAAAUAAAAUUAUGAACUAUAAAAGAAAAUAUUUCGUUAUACCAUAUCGGGAUGUAAGUAUGAUGUCUUACAAAGAAUCUUUGCCCUUUAUACAUUUAAUCAUGUAUAUACUCCAACAAAUUAUCAAAAAUAAUGAGCUUCAACAAAGAAUUUCUAUAGAAGGUAAUUGUUUGUGUUGGCCUUAAAGUAUCUUUAGUGUUUCUAUAUAAUCUAUCUUUUCUACAUUAAUUCGUGCAUCUGUUCUAUGUUCAGUGUGAAAUAUUAUGUACUUAUCUCAAUAAUGGAAUAGUUCAUGAUUUAAAUAAUAAAAUAAAGCUAAUUAAAUCUAUUUCCUUGACCCGAGUUGACUGACUCUUACUUCCUAGACAUUUACCUUCCAACUGAUAUUCUAUCAUUGAUCACUCUUCCAUCUCUGUUCUCCAUUCACUGCAUUUAUCUCUUUCUCCAUCUCUAUCCAGCUGCUACUCUUCUUUCACUCUUGCAUACAUUCCUACAGAUUCAUCCUAUCCAUUUCUCUGUGCCAUUCCUCUUAUAUUGCGCUUCCUAUAACCUGACAGAUCUGACAUCUUCACCACCAUCUUGCUUUUGUAAUUGGAGUAACCAUUUGUCUACCCUACUGCAAGACACCUAUCCCACAUUUAAGGGUUCUUGUCUCUUGAGGUAUAUUGUGACAAUAUAAAAUCAUCCAUGUACACUCUUUAUAAUGGUUGUUGUUAUGAAGGGUAUCUGGCUGUAGAAACAAUGCCAGAGCUUGGCACUAUCCUCUGGUUCAACAGCUUCUUUCAAACCAUCCAAUUCAUGUCAACAUGUAAAUGAGAUGUUAGAUGAUGAGUAUUUCAGCAAAAUAAUAAACAUUAUGGAUCUUCAACAAAGAAUUGAAACAUAUAAAUCUGGAGAGAGUGUUGGGAUAAAAUAUUAGUACCCUGUGUUGAUGUAGGGAGAUUUGGUUACUAUUUCUUGCAUAUUGUUAUUCCUCUUUGAGGUCCAUCAUUUAUAGUGUGAGCUAAGAAUUGUCUGUUAGCUGUUUAGCAUGUAUCAACGCAUGCACACAGAGGAAGGAAAUGUAUUUAAAAAGUUUCAUAUGUCUGAAUGGAGUGAAGGAAGAGGCUUUGGAAAAAAAGUAUUUGAAACAAUUUUUUUUUUUUUUGUCCAGAAUUGAAAUCGUCUGCACAUGGAAUUACAAAAUACAGAAAUAAAGACUUGUGAGGUGACAGUGGGAAUUGAAA